AUGGACUCCAAACCUUGCUCAUCAUCGUCUCCUUCUGAUGACAACAAAUCUGUGUGGAUUUUGGACAAGUUAGGGGAAUUGGAAUACAUUCAGGAGUUCGAUCAAGCCUGUUUCAAGGAUUGUUUGGGGUCGUUGGAGAAGAUAAUGAACGAAUCCGAGGACCUGUUGAAGGAGACGAGGAAGUACAGAUCCAAGAAGAAUACGACCAAAUUGAACGGUCUUUUGCGGGAGACAAUGCGGUAAGUUGAGUUUCGUAUCUUUAUUAGAUCUUAAUAAUAAUAAUUCUUAUUAUUUUAGUCAUUAUUCCUCUUGAUUUUUGGUUAUUUUAUGUAUAAAAAAUCUUUUUUAGUCAUGCCGUUGGUCUGAUCGUCUUCACCAAACUUUUUGUCCCCCAAGAACCCAAGAAAUGCUCAAUUUGCAAAGGAAACAUGACAAAGAACAAGGAGCCACUGUACUGUCUACAAUGCAUUCAACCCAUCGGAUGCAAGAACUGUAUGUGUGAAUGGACAAAGAACUUUCGAAGAGAGCUCAUCAGAUGUUUCAAAUGCCAAAAGAAAUCGUUCAAAAAGUUCCCGCUCUUUUAUCACUGCCAUUGA